CCGUGCGCAUUACCUCGCGACGCACGUUCCUCCACGACUUUGACGGAAGCUUUGAUCGAGGUUUUGCCAAAACUGCGUCCGCAGGACCCGCUGGAUUUUCGCGCCGAGUAUUUAUUCAGAAAGAAUCCCGAGGGAAGAAUGUUCGAGCCGGAUUACACGGAAACAAUGAGCAUGCUUCUGGAUACCAUCAGCCGGCAGCGGAACCAUGUCCUGCCGGUGAAAGGACCGGACGUCGACGUGGCGCAAUUCACCAGGAGGAGCCAGGACGAAUUAUCCGCCGCGGGAGAGACGGAAAAAAGCGAGGAUGAGCGCAGAGAGACGAGUGCGAUCUCGACUGCCGAACAGCCCUUCGAAUACAACUGGACUGACGGCUCGGAGAAAGGGGAAUUGGAUUUCGCCGGGCGAGUAACCGAAGAAUUCAGAAACGGAGUUUAA